UGUGACCGUCCAAGAUGGCUGCGCCCAGCGGCCAGGAAGAAGCGGGGGAGGCCGACUGGUCUUCGGCCGCCUACCUGGUGGUCAGCGGGAUCCCCGCCGGGCUGCGCUCGGCUCAGCUGCGCCACUACUUCAGCCAGUUCCGGGAGCAGAGCGGGGGCGGCUUCCUCUGCUUCCACUACCGGCACCGGCCCCAGCGACCCCCCGGCCCGGGCGCCGCCCCCGCUCCCGCCCCCUGUUGCUGCUGCGUGAUCGCCGUGCGGGAGGCCCAGGCCGGCCGGCUGCAACGGAUGUACUCGGGGCGCCCGUGGCUCGACUCCCGAGGGGACCCCCUGCCCGGACGCUGCCUCAUCCGGAGGCUCCGGCUGCCCGCCGAGGCGGCGGGUCUGGCGGCCUUCCCCUACCGGACCCGGCAGGAGCUGCGGAGUGAGAAGCCCCAGAGCGAGACGUUCACCCUGGCGGACCUGCGCCGGCUACCGGAGCUGAACCCGCCCGCGCCGAUGCCCAACGGGAACGUGGGCACGCCCCUGCGGGUCUUCCUGGACCUGAUCCGGGCCUGCCGGCUCCCCCCGCGCAUCAUCACGCAGCUGCAGCUGAGCUUCCCCAAGACCGGCUCCUCCCGCCGCUACGGCAACGUACCUUUCCACUACCGGGACACGGAGACGGUGGAGCGGGAGGAGCUGGUGUACACGGCCAGCGGGGAGGAGAUCCCGGAGGCUCCGCGGCGGGAUCCCGGCCCGGACCCCUCCCCGGGCGGCGACGAGGACGAACCCGACCCGGGAGACCCCGGGGGCGAGGCCGAGGCUUCCCACUCGGAUGACGACGACGACAGGUGCGAGGAGUGGGAGCGACACGAGGCCUUGCACGAGGACGUGACGGCCCAGGAGCGCACCGCCGAGAGGCUCUUCGAGGAGGAGAUCGAGCUCAAGUGGGAGAAGGGCGGGUCGGGGCUGGUCUUCUACACGGACGCCCAGUACUGGCGCGAGGAGGACGGAGACUUCGACGAGCAGACGGCCGACGACUGGGACGUGGACAUGAGCGUGUACUACGACCGAGACGGGGGGGACAAGGACGCACGGGACUCCGUCCAGAUGCGCUGGGAGCGGAGGCUCCGGGCCGGCGAGGAGGACGGGUCGGUGGCCGGACGCCAGCUCGGCACCUUCGAGCGUCACACCAAGGGAAUCGGGCGGAGGGUGAUGGAGCGGCAGGGCUGGGCGGAGGGCCAGGGCCUGGGCAGCACCAACCUGGGGAGACCCGAGGCCCUGGACGGCGACGGCCAGGACCCCAGAUGCAAGCGGGGACUGGGGUACCACGGAGAGAAGCUGCAGCCGUUCCGGGCGCCCAAGAGGCCCCGCGGGGACGCCCUGGGACUCAUCUCCACCAUCUACGACGAACCGCAGGCCCGGGACCAGGGUGACGGGCUGCUCCGGCGCCAGCCGCCCACCGGCAUGAAGUACCGGGCCCCCCCGGUGCCCUUCGUGCCCGCCUCCGACGACGCCGGCCCCUCCUGAGCUCCUCGAGGGGCUCCGACCUGGCCCCCUCCCGUCGUCCCUGGGAGGGGACGCUUGCUCCACUGCCAGCCUGGACCACCCAGGCCUCACACUGUUCCUCGGGCCCGGGUUUAUUUAUUUUUUACAGAGCGCUAUUUUUAUAACAAUAAUCACCAUUCUCUCCAAACGUG